CUCGUUAGUUAAGCACGGUCUCUCAACAUGUACGAAUGCAUUUAAAUUGAUGCUCAAUAAAAACGUAAAAUUGAUAAAGGAAAUGUGCAGUUCCGUUGUUUCAAUUUAAAUUAUACCGACUCAAGUGAAUUUCCUUCAAUAGUUUAUAUCCGAAGAAAAAAACAAAACAAAAUGAAAUUGUGAAUUGAUGCCACCAUAAAUUCGUUCUUCUUCACAUUUCGUUUCUAUUUUUUAAUCAUGCAGAGGUUUUGAAUAGUGAAAAAAGUGCAUUCACAUCUUUGUAUGCGGUAGGUUUUAUAUUUUUGCAUCAAAUGUGUAUUUUCUUAAGUGAGCGGCACAUGGAUUCUCUUAGAAAUGACGAGUAAAAUCCAUCAUGUUAAGUACACCAACAACACCUUAUUACACAUUUCCAUCAAUUGAAUGUAAUGCAAAUAAAUCACAUUGGAUCAAAAUGUACGUUGGCCGUUGUAUUGCAGUCAGAAAUUGUCACUUUACUCUUCAUUGCCAUUGGAUUGCCAAUGUGUAUAGCUGCUUCAACUCAAAAACACGAGACAUUUAACGCUCUACUUAACAAUAGCAACAUUGAGCUAAGGAAACAUUCAAACGAACAUCUCGGAAAUACAAACAUUUGCAAUGUUUCGUUUGAUGAUUUCGACAGCGAGGAUGCUCAUCAAUUUUAUACACAUGAGACGAAUUAUACAAACAAUACGAACCACUUGAGACCAUAUUUAGCUUUAUCAGCAUUUAAUGAGCAAGUAGACCCGAACUUUGUUGCAUUAAUUAAUCCCUUUUGGUUGAAAUUUAAUCCUGCACCAGCCAAUGCACACUACACGCUCGGCAUAAUUCAUUCAUUUAUAAUGGUUGUAGGAUUGUUCGGCAAUGCUAUUGUGAUUUACAUGUUUAUCAGGUGUCGAUCAAUUCGGACGCCCUGUAAUACGUUAAUUAUCAAUCUUGCAAUUAGUGAUUUUUUCAUGCUUGCCAAAGCACCUAUUGUAAUUUACAAUAGUUUCAAAUUGGGACCAGCUUUAGGAGAAUUUGUUUGUCGUAUUUACGGGUUCAUUGGUGGCCUAACUGGAACUGCAUCGAUAGCAACUUUAACGGCUAUAUCUAUAGAUCGUUACAAUGUUGUUGUUUAUCCAUUGGAACCUUUGCGCUCAACUACACGCCGAAAAUGCAAUAUCAUGGUCCUGAUUGUCUGGUGUUACAGCAUCACAUUCUCCAUUGUUCCGGCAUUGAACAUUGGAUUCAGCAAAUAUGUUCCGGAAGGAUAUUUAACUAGUUGCAGUUUCGAUUACUUGGAUAAAACAACAAAAGCUCGAAUUUUUAUGUUCGUUUUUUUCAUCUUCGCAUGGCUUAUACCGUUUAUUAUCAUCACCUAUUGCUACGUCUACAUUCUGAAGGUUGUCAUUUCAUCACGACAUAUACGAUCCAGUAUGGAUAAACACAAAACGGACAAGAAAUUGUCACUUGUUGUGGUCGGUGUAAUUAUUUUAUGGUUUGUUGCCUGGACGCCAUAUUCAAUCGUAGCACUGCUAGGUAUAUCCGGAAAUGAAGAUAAAAUUUCACCAUUCGGUUCAAUGAUUCCAGCUGUGUUCUGUAAGGCAUCGGCAUGCAUUGAUCCAUACGUUUAUUCGAUUUCGCAUCCACGAUUUCGAAAAGAGUUUGGUCGUCUGUUUCGAGGAGGGGAUGGGACUAUUAGAAGGAAAACAUCAAUGAAAACCUCUUAUUUCGUAUGUAAUGCGUCGACUACUCGUCCGUCGAUAAUACGUAAACAAACAGGAAACGAUGGUGGUGUUGUGAAUAAAGUGAAAUGUAGUAGUAAUAAAAUGAGCGUUCAACAUUCAUUAUUAAAAGAUGAAGUGGAGUGUGAAGCAGAUUUUUCAACAAAUAUGAGAGAGUUAAAUUUAAAAAAUGAUUUGGUAGCUACAGAAACUUAUGGAGAGAGUAUUGAACUUGCUGUUGUGAAAAAGUAAGACCCAAAAUUAUCAAUUUAUAUUCAGUUAUGUUGAUAACGUUUCAAACAGUUGAAGUAUUAUAUUAUAACAUUCCCCUACAUAUUUUUGAUAAAUGUUUUGUAUAUUUGUGACAUGAAAGAAACAUGUUUUAUGAAAUAGCGGACGAGUUUCUUAGGUUUGAGAUCGGAAUCUGUAUAACGUAGAACUGUUGCAGAAUCACUUUCUGAGCAGAAAAUUAUUCCAUCUUAUACAGUUGUUAUUA